AUGACGGCCGGGAGCCCUGGAGACUGCGGGAAGGCGUGGAGGAGCCCCGAGGGCCGUGUCUCUCGCCUGGGCCGCCGCCUGGGCCGCCGCCGGCGCCCACGCGCCCCACCCGAGCCUCUGCGGGUGCGGGCACGGCUGCGGCUGCGCUCGCCGUCGGGGGCGUUCGCGGCGCUGGGAGCACUAGUAGUGCUGGUAGGCAUGGGCAUCGCCGUGGCCGGCUACUGGCCACACCGUGCUGUAGCUCCAGGACCCCGAGCCGCCAAUGCCAGCGCGCCUCCGGUGAGCGAGCUGCGGCGAGAGGGCCGAGGUGCCGGCCGUGCUCAUGGCCCCCAUGAGAGGCUGAGGCUUCUUGGACCAGUGGUCAUGGGCGUCGGCCUGUUUGUAUUCAUCUGCGCCAACACGCUGCUUUACGAGAACCGCGAUUUAGAGACUCGACAGCUCCGCCAGGGGGUGCUGCGGGCUCAGGCGAUGCGGCCCCCCGACGGCCCAGGCUGGGACUGUGCUCUCUUUCCCAGCCCUGGUCCCAGGACUCCUAGGGCCAUAGGCUGCGCAGCAGAACUAGAAACUUGGGACCUGUCCCCUCGUCGGGGUACCUCACCUGUUCCAUCAGUGAGAAGUCUGCGUUCAGAGCCUGCUAAUCCUCGUCUGGGAUUACCUGCCUUGCUCAACAGCUACCCGCUGAAGGGCUCAGGACUGCCUUCACCCUGGGGUCCGCGGACCCAGACUGGCCACGUGAUCAUCACCAUGCAGCCCUCUGGUUCCUGCAUUGAACACUCCAAGUCUCUGGAUCUAGGUCUUGGAGAGCUCCUGCUUGGGACCCCAGCAGCUCGGGACUGUGCUCACCGCAGCUGGCCACGCCUGGACCGCCUCAGUCUGGGAGGUUAUGCCAAGUUGGGAGGAGGAGGAACUUGGGGGCCCGAGCCUGAGGAGCCCGUCCCGGCAUGUGUUGGCAACGUAUGUCACGGUAACAGAACCAGGAGUCCCAAGGUCUAG